AUCUAUUAUAAAGUAGUUAGUAAAACAAAUAUUAAGAUUAGUCGGAGGAAGUGUGAUCCAUAAAUGUUAAAUUAUAUAUAGUUUACACCCAGAAUGUCCUAUAUCAGAUUUUCCUUGACUUGUAUUGCUUUGUCACCUGUAGUAAAAAAAAAAAAAAAAGUCCUUCCAUUUGAGUCGUAAGGACUUAUGUACUGCAAUUCAAUCAGAACAUUAUUUAAAAUCACUGAGUGACCAUGUUCGUAAGCAUUCUGUUACGUUCCAUGUUAAUAGUCUGGUUUCUAACCCAAAUACCCGUAGGCCUGACUCCGGGAUGGGCAACUCCAGGCCGGAGUGGUGUGUCUCUUCCCCCCCCCCCCCAUUGGAGUCCUGUGUUCUAGCUGGGGGGAAAGUAUGACACUAAUCAGGCCUCGAGUUGCCCAGGCCUCUAGCUAUGAACCCAUUAGUAUGAAUGUGUUCAUUGACGUGGCAUCAAUGUCGUGGUUCUGGUAUUUGGGGUUCAGGAACGUCGUGAAAAACUGCAUUUUCAUUGGCCACAGCAUUCGGAUACAAGCUUUUCAUUGGUCCUUGUUUUAGAAUGGCAUUUCUAUAUCAUUUUGAUCAAAUUAAUCUAUUAUAGUGUUUUGUGUGAACUAAUUACUAAAAUACCUGCCCAAUAUUCAAUACAAUGUGUUGCAUGUCAUUUUUAUGUAAAUAAACUCCCAAGGGGACAUUAGUUGCGCUAAUUUCACAGGUCUUCGCGGUUGUGUCCAUACUUGGACAAGCCUAUCGCACGAUUUUCCUGUCGCCAACAUACUACAAGUCAAACAGUCUCAGUAAGGGUGUGCCUAACGGAGGGAUGGCCCAGUUUCAGGAGGAGAUGAGGCAGCAGCUGGAGACCUCCAUGCACGCAGAGCUGGACAAACUACUGGACACUGCCACGGGGGUCGACAAGGAGGUCUCCAAGAAGGACUUUGAUGGAUUCAAGAAGCUGUUCCACAGGUUUCUGCAGGUGAAAGGGCCAUCGGUGGACUGGCCCAAGAUACACAGACCUCCAGAAGACUCAAUCCAGCCCUAUGAUAAGAUAGCAGCGCUGCCCCUGCCGGACAGCCUGGCAGACAGUCUCAACAAGCUGGUGGUCGUCAAGUUGAAUGGAGGCCUGGGGACCAGCAUGGGCUGUAAAGGCCCCAAGAGCCUCAUCAGCGUCCGCAACGAGAACACUUUCCUGGACCUCACCGUGCAGCAGAUAGAGCACUUGAACAAGAAGUACAACACAGACGUUCCUCUGGUCCUGAUGAACUCCUUCAACACGGAUGAAGACACCAAGAAGAUCCUUCAGAAAUACACACACCACCGUGUCAAGAUACACACCUUCAACCAGAGCAGGUACCCCCGUAUUAAUAAAGAGUCCCUCCUGCCUGUGGCCACAGACAUUGGUAUGACGGGUGAGAACGCUGACGUGUGGUACCCUCCUGGCCACGGGGACAUCUACGCCAGCUUCUACAACUCUGGUCUGCUGGAUCAGCUCAUCACAGAGGGCAAGGAGUACAUCUUUGUGUCUAACAUUGACAACCUGGGUGCUACGGUGGACCUGAACAUCCUGCAUCACCUGGUGAGCCAGCCCAACGGGAAACGCUGUGAGUUCAUCAUGGAGGUCACCGACAAGACCCGCGCUGACGUCAAGGGCGGUACUCUUAUUCAGUAUGAUAACAAGUUGCGUCUGCUGGAGAUAGCCCAGGUCCCCAAGGCCCAUGUAGAUGAGUUCAAAUCAGUCACCAAGUUCAAGAUCUUCAACACCAACAACCUGUGGAUCUCUCUGGGCGCCAUCAAGAGGCUGCAGGAGCAGAACGCCAUGGACAUGGAGAUCAUCGUUAACCCCAAGACACUGGACGGGGGUCAGAACGUGAUCCAGCUGGAGACGGCGGUGGGCGCGGCCAUCAAGAGCUUCGACAACGCCCUGGGCAUCAACGUGCCGCGAUCCCGCUUCCUGCCCGUCAAGACCGUCUCCGACCUCCUAUUGGUCAUGUCCAACCUCUACAGCCUGGAGGCGGGCUCUCUCACCAUGAGCCAGAAGAGAGAGUUCCCUACCACGCCCCACGUCAAGCUGGGUAGCUCCUUUACUAAGGUCCAGGAAUACCAGACGCGGUUCGAGAGCAUCCCUGAUAUGCUGGAGCUGGAUCACCUGACUGUGUCCGGUGAUGUCACGUUUGGAAAACAAGUUUCUCUCAAGGGAACGGUCAUCAUCAUAGCCAAUCACGGAGAUCGUAUCGACAUCCCGGCUGGAACGAUACUGGAGAACAAGAUUGUGUCGGGCAACCUUCGCAUCCUGGACCACUGAAGCCUUUAACUACUCCUCCAGCACCACAUCCACCACCAUCAUGUGACGAAGCCAGACACAUCCACCACCAUCAUGUGACGAAGUCAGACACAUCCACCACCAUCAUGUGACCAAGCCAAACACAUCAACCCCAACCAUGUGACCAGACAUCCACCACCAUCAUGUGACCAGACACAUUCACCCCAAUCAUGUGACCGAGGCAGACUUGAUCCAGACUCCUUUAAAUAAACUCCUUAGAGAGGGGUGUCAUACCCAACAGAUUGUGAUGUGAUAUCCAAGCUAUACUAUUCCUGUAGUAUUUCAGCUCCCUGCCCAUUAGAUUCCCUUACUGGAUGAGAAUCGUGAUAGAAGUCAUAUGGAUGUGAUGUCAAUGGGAGAUUCAAUAUCCACUUUACAUGUUAGUACAGUCUUAGACUGGGAUUCAAUAUCUACUUUACAUGUCAGUACAGUCUUAGACUGGAUUCAAUAUCUACUGUACAUGUCAGUACAGUCUUAGACUGGGAUUCAAUAUCUACUGUACAUGUCAGUACAGUCUUAGACUGGGAUUCAAUAUCUACUGUACAUGUCAGUACAGUCUUAGACUGCGAUUCAAUAUCUACUGUACAUGUCAGUACAGUCUUAGACUGGGAUUCAAUAUCUACUGUACAUGUCAGUACAGUCUUAGACUGGGAUUCAAUAUCUACUGUACAUGUCAGUACAGUCUUAGUCUGGGAUUCAAUAUCUACUGGACAUGUCAGUACAGUCUUAGACUGGGAUUCAAUAUCUACUGUACAUGUCAGUACAGUCUUAGACUGGGAUUCAAUAUCUACUGUACAUGUCAGUACAGUCUUAGACUGGGAUUCAAUCCGAUCGGGGAUUUGGACAUUGCACCAUUUAAAGGUAACUCCUGAUUGGGCCGACAGAUACAGUGUUUACCGUGGAUGUAGUGACCAUGAACGUGGGACAUUGCCUUUAAAACAUGCAUUAAAGACAAAGCGGGA